AUGGGUAAAAAAGUAAAGAAGGAAGUAGAGCCUCCACCCAAGGAUGUGUUUGAUCCUUUAACGAUCGAAAGCAAAACAGCAGCAACAGCUGUGCUAAUGCUUAGAUCUCCUGAAGAGGAAGUUUUGGCCAAAGCAUGUGAUGCUCUAUAUAAGUUUGCAUCAAAAGGUGAUGAAAAUAAGGUGACGCUUCUUGGUCUUGGAGCAGUGGAACAUCUGUAUAAACUCAUCUCACAUGACGAUCCAAUUGUACGCAGGAAUGCCAUCAUGGUUUUUGGCAUCAUGGCUUCUAAUCAUGAUGUCAAGAAGUUACUGAGGGAACUGGAUGUCACAAAUUCACUUAUUUCACAGCUGACGCCAGAAGAAGAUGUAAUUAUCCAUGAAUUUGCUACUCUCUGUCUAGCACAUAUGGCUGUUGAAUAUACUAGUAAAGUACGAAUAUUUGAGCAAGGUGGAUUAGAACCACUUAUUAGACUGUUAGGUAGCCCUGAUCCUGAUGUGAAGAAGAAUUCAGUUGAAUGUAUUUACCUUCUGGUGCAGGAUUUUCAAAGCCGUGCUGCAGUUCGUGCAUUGAAUGUAAUUCCACCCUUGCUGGAACUACUGAAAUCUGAAUACCCAGUUAUUCAGUUGUUAGCCCUUAAAACCUUAGAAGUAAUUAGCAAGGACAGAGAAUCCAGGAUAAUACUGGGAGAAAAUAAAGGAUUAGAUUGUCUUCUGAAGAUACUGGAAACAAAUGAAGUCAGCGAUCUACAUGUGGAAGCUCUUGCUGUGUUGGGAAAUUGUCUCGAAGAUGUGUAUACUCUACAACUGAUUCAGCAGACAGGAGGCCUUAAAAAGCUGCUUUCAUUUGUAGGAGGCUCCACUGUUCCAGAUAUUCAGAAGAAUGCAGCAAAGGCAAUUACCAAAGCAGCUUAUGACUCUGAAAACAGAAAAAUCUUAAAUGAGGAAGAGGUUGAAAAGUGUCUCACAAGCCUUUUGGAAAUGUGUAAUGAUGAAGUUAAAGUUGCUGCUUGCCAAGCAGUUUCUGCCAUGUGUGACAAUGUAGCUAGCAAGCAUGCAUGUGGACUCCAGGGGAUUCCCCAGCUAGUACAGUUGCUAAGCAGUGACAAUGAAGAGGUAAAAGAAGCUGCAGUGACAGCAUUAGCUAAUUUGACAGCAGCCAGUCCUAGUAAUGCAAGUGCUGUUGCUGAAGCUGAAGGAUUUGGGCCGUUAGUAAAUACCUUGAAUGCUCAGAGAGAUGGAGCUGUCGCUAAUGCUGCUGCAGUGCUAACAGAUCUGGCCACACACGAGCCAUUCCGUGUCACCAUCCAGAGCUGUGGUGUUAUGAGUGCACUUGCAGAGCCAUUGCGCUCCACCAACAGCCUAGUGCAGAGCAAAGCUGCAUCUGCUGUGGCUGCGUUUGCUUGUGAUGCUGAUGCAAGAACUGAGUUAAGAAAUGCAGGUGGUCUGGGACCACUCGUUGAAUUGCUUCAUUCUAAUAAUGAAGAAGUCAGAAGAAAUGUCUGUUGUGCUGUUAUGGUCUGCGCAAGUGAUGAACCAACUGCUGUUGAGUUAUGCAGACUAGGGGCUUUAAACAUCAUAGAAGGAAUUAAUCUAUCAACAGGGCGCAAAAAUAACUUCAGUGAAGCUGCUCUUGAAAAGCUACUUGAUAACAAUCUUUCCCAAAAGUACAGCCAGAAGGGAUAUUUGUCAUCAAGUAAUAUAAUUACUGAUGGAUUCUAUGACUGUGGUCAGAUAAAACCUGGAGUUAAAUUUUUGUCUUUGGAGGAACUGAGUAUGCAAGAGCUUACUGACCGUCGGGCCAUAAUCUUCAUUAAUGCUAAAGCACAAGAAAAUCUUGCAGUAGAGGAGAAGGCACAAGAUUCAGCUUAUGAACUGGCUGUGUUGUCACCUUCUGUUUCAAGAAAAAGCAGUAAAGAAAGGUAUGUGUGUGUUGUUUUCUAUGUAAGGAAAGGGAAGGGGAAAAAAGAAGAGGAAAAAUCAAAAGAAGUUAUUCAGAUCACAUCUAAAAUCCAGGCUGAAAUAAAUCUAGAAAAUUCACAUUGGCAACCACCAGCUGACUUCAUUUUACUGGAUUACAUUAAUGAUGCUUCCAGAACAAUUCUACCACUAACUACUAACCGGGAACAGGUUGUAACUCUUGCACAGUUUGUUGCAGAGAAGAUGGGUGGCCCGAUUGAAAGAGACAAACUACAUGACUUCAGCUGGGAACUUCACAUAAGUGAAAUAGAAUUUGAGCUGAAAUGCAAUGUUGUGCCUAUUGGGAAAGUCAAAAAAGGGACGUUCUGCCACAGGGCUUUACUUUUCAAGGUGAUAGCAGACAGAAUUGGCAUUGGCUGUAGUUUAGUUCGUGGCGAGUAUAACAGAGCGUGGAAUGAAGUGGAACUGGUUGAUGACUCUCCUCAAGGAAUUGCUGGGCUUCUGCUUCCUCCUCAAGAGUAUAUUGUAGACCUAAUGUUUGAGCCAGGCUUUUUGAUAAAACAGGGAAGUGCAGAGGCAGAUCAGUACAAACGUAUUUAA